AUGAUAUCGGGAGAGGAAACAGACAGCAUUCAAGAUGGAGCGAAUGAGGUUGAAUUUGAUAGUUUCGAUUUGCAACUAAAUAACUACGAUCAUUACAUGGCGUAUCCAACUUCCUUAGACAGGACACAUGGAUCUAGUUUACCAUUGAAGAAAUUCCAUAAGGUCCCGGUUAUUAGGAUAUUCGGAUGUUUGCGCACAGGUCAUCAACUGUUGUGCCAUGUUCAUGGGAUUUUUCCAUACUUUUUUGUCAAAUAUGAUGGGAAAGAGGAUGACACUUCCAUAAUCAUAAAUGAAAAGUGUGCUAAGUUACAUCAAUUGCUUGAACAGAUUUUGCGAGAUAAAAUGAAGAGUAAAGGAUCCAGAAAUGACAAACAAGACGAAACAAACCUCAACGAACUGGUAUAUAUAGCCAAUGUUUCAGUGGUGAAAGGUGUCCCAUUUUAUGGCUACCAUGUAGGGUGGACACCUUUCUAUAAGAUAUCGUUGUUAAACCCUAGCUUAAGUGAACAGGUUUGUAAUAUUAUUAGGGAACAGAAUGUUCUACAAAACGGACAGAACGAGGUAUAUGAAUCCCAGUUCCCAUAUUUGUUGAAGUUUACUGCCGAUUUCAAUUUAUUUGCUUGUUCAUGGAUUAACUUCAAAAAGGUAUAUUUCAGAGCGCCAGUACUAAAUGAAAUGCUGAAUAUGGACGAAAUAAUGAUGACCAAAGAGUUGAGGGUAUUAUUGGAUAGAUUUCAUUCUAAAGAUACUGUGUUAAAAAAAACUAUGUUUCCAAGAAUUGGCAAUGGUUUGUUAGAGAUAGAUGUAAUCCCUCAGUUUAUCAAAAACAUCGACCAAAUCAAAAUAAGAAACAUCCACCAUGAUCUGUCAGAGAAAAAAGAAAGUGUUAAUUACUUAGAUGAUGGCCCAUAUGUUUCUUCUACUAAAAAUAUGCUUAAGGACGUUGAAAUACAGCGUAAGUUGUAUUCACUGGAAGAAUACAAAAAAGCAGCUGAUAUAUCAAGGAAUGAAAACGAUAUGAUUUGGAACUCAAGUCAUCAGUUUGAGAUGUUUUUAAGGAAAGCUUUAUCCAGUGUUAAAGUUUCAGAUAAGGAUUCGAAUUUUCUUUCAGGUCAUUUUAAUGCGAAUGACUUUCUUAAAACACCAUUUGAAAUGAUUGAUGAGCUGUGGCCCACUAAAUUUGAAUCCUCUAUAGAUUUGAACGAUGAAAACGAACGACAUGAUAAAAAUGAUCAGCUGUUAGAUGUUGGCGAAGAUUUUGAUAAGGCGGAAGAGCGAGACGAAGACAUACUGGGUGAACCAAAUGAGGAUGAUUAUAUCGAGAAAGAAAUGCAUUCUCAGGAUAAUGGCCAAUUCAUAAAUGUGAGUACAUCAGUUAUCUCAACAACACAGUCAUUGGAUAAGCUUUUGACACAGAGUAUAGUUAAAAAUCAACGAAAGUUAAAGAUAGGGAAUGUUCUGUCUGAUUUAGGUAAUGUUGCUACUAAUUACCAUAAUUAUUUUCCAUCUAACAUAAAGAAGUACUAUAGGUAUAAACAAUGCAAUAUAUCUUAUAGUUCUAUGAAUGAAGAUCUUCAAGAUAAUGGGCUUCCUAUUAAUGAUUAUAUGGGCCCAUUUUUCUCCGAUCCUUGUGAUCUCCAUAAAAAAGACUAUCAGUACGCUGGUAAACAAUUUGAUAUAACAUCAACACAUUUAAUGAAAAGGUACCCAUUAGACUUCAAAGAGGAUCUAGUACGGUUGACUAAGCAAAGACUUGAUAAUGAUGUACUUUUUGCUUCGUGGAAAUAUUUGAAGAUGCCGCCAUCAUUUAAUGAUGUUGCAGAAUCCGUUACUAGAAAAGAGCGAGCCAGACAUUCCAUUUCCCAAAUUAAAAAACCCACAGCUACAAAGAGUUUGGGAAAUACUUCCUCCAUAAAACGGUCGGAAUCAAUUCACGAUAAUUUAACGCAUUUUUCGCUCGAAAUCCAUGUAAAUACUAGAGGUGACCUUUUACCAGAUCCCAGGAAAGAUGAAGUAUCAGUUAUAUUUUGGAAGGUAGACAGUGACACUUUUCCUUUCAGUAUAGAUUUACAGCUUGAAGGAAUUAUGUAUACAAACAAGCUUGAAAGGGAGAAUCUUAUUGAAACUUUGGAAUCUAUAUCCGGAGGGGUACCAAUCAUGGAGUAUGAGGACGAAUUUUCUAUGUUUGAUGCCCUGACAGAUCUCAUUCUAUUAUUUGAUCCUGAUUUAUUGUCCGGUUAUGAAAUACACAACUCAUCUUGGGGCUACAUAUUUGAAAGAAGUCUGAGCGUGCAUAAAUUUAACAUUGCUAAUGAAAUAUCUCGGGUAAACAUGGGUGCUCAGUUCAAACUUCGAGAUUCAUGGGGUUUUAAAAAGAGUUCUGGUAUUAGCAUCACUGGACGUUAUGUGCUGAAUAUUUGGAGGUUGUUAAGGAAAGAAAUUGCUGUUACUCAGUACUCUUUUGAAAAUAUGGUUCAUUUGCUCCUCAAGAUACGACUACCUAAAUACUCCUGCAGUCAUUUAACAUCGCUCUGGAGCAAUUUUAAGACAGGUAACGAACUAAAAACAUUCCUUAACUAUUAUUUGACGCGUGUAAGACUAAAUAUUGGAAUCCUAAAGAAAAUUAGCUUUACAUUAAAUGUGAUGGAAGAGGCCAGAUUGAUAGGUAUCGAUUUUCAAUCUGUAUAUAAUCGCGGCUCCCAAUACAAAGUGGAAUCAUUUUUGAUUCGUAUUUGCAAAAGUGAAAAUUAUAUACUGCUCUCACCUUCAAAAGUUGCUGUGCAGAAACAAAAACCUUUAGAAUGUGUUCCACUAGUGAUGGAACCAGAAUCAGCAUUUUACAAGAGUCCAUUGCUUGUUUUGGACUUCCAAUCAUUGUAUCCAUCUAUUAUGUCAGGCUAUAAUUAUUGUUAUUCUACAAUGAUGGGUAGAGUGCGAGAACUUGACGGAACAAAACGAACACUUGGUGUAACAAAUUUUGAACUGAAGUCGGAGCUGUUGAAAAAACUUCGAGAUGAUAUUCGUAUAGCACCAAAUGGUGUUAUUUAUGCUAAAGAGCACUUGAGGAAGUCAACAUUAUCCAAAAUGCUUUCUGAAAUACUGGAGAUAAGAUUUAUGAUUAAGAAGACGAUUUCAGAUCUUGGUUCUGAUCAUCAAGCGCUCAAGAAAUUGCUAGAAUCCAAACAGCUGGCUUUGAAACUUUUGGCUAAUGUUACCUAUGGUUAUACUUCUGCCUCAUUUUCAGGUAGAAUGCCAUGCUCGGAUUUGGCCGAUAGCAUUGUUCAAACUGGUAGAGAAACAUUAGAAAAGGCUGUCAAAAUGAUUGAAAGUACUGCAUCCUGGGGUGCCAAAGUUGUGUAUGGGGAUACAGAUAGUUUGUUCGUCUACUUACCAGGGAAAACGAAAGAAGACGCAUUCAGAAUUGGCGCUGAAAUUUCCAAUAGUAUUACAGCAUCUAACCCAAAACCAAUAACAUUAAAAUUUGAAAAGGUCUACUUUCCUUGUAUUCUUUUGAGUAAAAAGAGGUAUGUUGGAUAUUCCUAUUUGUCGAGUUCCCAACUUAACCCCCAUUUUGAUGCAAAAGGUAUUGAGACGGUUAGAAGAGACGGAACACCAGCUCAACAGAAAGUGGUAGAAAAUGCCUUACGGAUUUUGUUCGAGACAAAGGAUUUGAGUAAGGUAAAAAAUUAUGUAGUUGACACUUUCACCAAGAUACGGAGUGGAAAUAUUUCUAUUCAGGAUUUCUGUUUUGCUAAAGAAAUCAAACUUGGGCAUUAUAAAAGUGAGAGCACAAUGCCUCCUGGUGCAGUAGUGGCAAAGAGGCUUAAGAAACAAGACAGUAGAGCUGAACCCCAGUACAAAGAAAGACUCUCGUAUCUAGUAGUGAAAGGUAAAUCUGGACAGAUAUUAAGAGAAAGAUGUGUAUCAGUAUCAGAAUAUUUUUCAAAUGACCAUUUUGCCCUCGAUUCGGAAUACUAUAUAACAAAAACGCUGAUUCCCCCACUCGAUCGGUUGUUUAAUAUAGUUGGUAUAAGUGUAUCCGAUUGGAAUCAAGAGGGGCCUAUGUUUGUUGAGGGUUCCAUUAAACCAUAUACUGGCGCAGACAAUAUCCCCACUUCGACUAGAUGUAAAGCCUGUGAACAAAACACAGUUUCUGGUGAUAGCUAUCUUUGUGACAAUUGUGUUUCUAAUGAGAAAAUGGCUGCAUCAAAGCUUAUUAUUAAGAUUCAAGCCAGCGCUAGUAAGUUAAAGGUACUAAAUGAUAUAUGCAGAAUAUGCAGUAGACAAUAUACAGGAGACAUGGGGCUACUGAGCUCCAAUAAUGCAUUGAAGUGUGUAUCUUAUGAUUGUCCUAAUUAUUAUUCCAAGCUUAAAGCUCAGAGAUUAAUGCAAUCUAAGCACUAUUAUUCUUGGAAUGAGCUGUUGCACAAUAUGGAUCAUUGGUAA